AGCAUACUGGUCCGUGCAACCGGAGGAGCCAAGGCCCGGACAGACUCACAUAUAGACACGACAAACGGAGGACGCGCUGGCUGCUGGAUCCUGCCGCCUCCCCCUUCUCCCUAUUGCCUGUGCCUGGAGGAUGAGCCCAGCCUUCAGGGCCAUGGAUGUGGAGCCCCGCACCAAGGGUGUCCUCUUGGAGCCCUUUGUCCACCAAGUUGGGGGACACUCCUGCGUACUCCGCUUCAACGAGACGACCCUGUGCAAGCCCCUGGUCCCGAGGGAGCACCAGUUCUACGAGACCCUCCCAGCUGAGAUGCGCAAAUUCACACCUCAGUACAAAGGUGUGGUCUCUGUGCGCUUUGAGGAAGAUGAAGACAGGAACUUGUGUUUAAUAGCAUAUCCGUUAAAAGGGGACCAUGGAACUGUGGAUAGUGUAGACAAUUCAGACUGUGAACCAAAAAGUAAGCUCCUGAGGUGGACGAACAAAAAACAUCACGUCCUAGAAACAGAAAAGGCCCCCAAGGACUGGGUGCGGCAGCACCGGAAAGAGGAGAAGCUGAAGAGCCAUAAGUUAGAAGAAGAAUUUGAGUGGCUGAAGAAAUCUGAAGUUUUAUACUACAGUGUAGAGAAAAAGGGUAAUGUAAGUUCCCAGCUUAAACAUUAUAACCCUUGGAGUAUGAAGUGUCACCAACAACAGUUACAGAGAAUGAAGGAGAAUGCCAAGCAUCGGAACCAGUACAAAUUUAUCUUACUGGAGAACCUAACUUCCCGCUAUGAGGUGCCUUGUGUCCUGGACCUCAAGAUGGGGACGCGCCAGCAUGGUGAUGAUGCUUCUGAGGAGAAGGCAGCCAACCAGAUCCGCAAAUGCCAGCAGAGCACCUCUGCGGUCAUCGGUGUGCGCGUGUGUGGCAUGCAGGUGUAUCAGGCAGGCAGCGGGCAGCUCAUGUUCAUGAACAAGUACCAUGGACGGAAGCUGUCCGUACAAGGCUUCAAGGAGGCGCUUUUCCAGUUCUUCCACAACGGGCGGUACCUGCGCCGUGAACUCCUGGGCCCUGUGCUUAAGAAGCUGGCUGAGCUCAAGGCAGUGUUGGAGCGACAGGAGUCCUACCGCUUCUACUCAAGUUCCCUGCUGGUCAUCUAUGAUGGCAAGGAGCUGCCGGAGAUGUCCCUGGACUCAGAUGCUGAGGACUUAGAGGACCUGUCAGAGGAGUCAGCUGAUGAGUCUGCCGCUGCCUAUGCCUACAAACCCCUGGGUGCCAGCUCGGUGGACGUGCGCAUGAUCGAUUUUGCACACACCACAUGCAGGCUCUAUGGCGAGGACCGCGUGGUACAUGAGGGCCAGGAUGCUGGCUACAUCUUUGGGCUCCAGAGCCUGAUAGACAUUGUCACAGAGAUCAGUGAGGAAAGUGGAGAGUGAACGUGCUGGCUGCACCAGCACCUGAGAGACUCUCUGUGUCCCAGUCACAGCUGCGCUGCGUCGGGAAGGAGGCCAGUAUGGCCAGGCGGCCCCUGCAGCCUGGAGCUGACAGCCAGAGGCCUCUUGAGUCCCAGCCUGAGCCAGCCCUAACUGCGCUCGGAGUCUAUUUAUUUUAACUAUUUCUUCAACAUUCCACAUUUGAUGAUGCAGAUACCUCUUCCCUGAGUGUAAAUGUUCUAAUACAGAUCUUUUUGUUAAUUGUA